AUGCCGGAAAGUGGCAGCCAGUAUAUUUCUCGUUCCAGAGUUCUUGACGCUCAAUCUUGCUCAUGGGCACAAGAGACUCAUGAAAAUCUGGUCCGAGAGCUCACAUCAAGGAUAUACCUCGUACGACAUGGGGAGACCGAAGCUAAUAGGCGGGAAAUCGUUCAAGGGCAACUUGAUACCCACCUGAACAAGUCAGGUGUAGAACAAGCGGUGCUGGUAUCCUCGGCACUGCAGAAGAUUUCCUUCGACGAAGGUUACAGCUCAGACUUGAGCAGGGCAUCGAAGACGGCAGAAAUGAUCCUAGAAUGCCAUCCUCAUGUUAAGCUCCGCAAACAAUCUGAACUGCGUGAAAGGCAUCUCGGAAGACUCCAAGGCCAGACCCAAGCACAGAAACGAGCCUUUGGGGACAUCAACUCGGACCCGACAGCGGAAAGUUCAGACGCGUUCAUCACACGAAGUUUGUCUUGGUGGGACGAUUCGAUCCGUCAUCACCUAGAAACACUUCCAGACAGAGCGACGCCAUACCGCAUUCUCGUUGUUUCCCAUGGCGGAUUUAUCAGCACUUUGAUCAAGAACUUGCUGGCCAAGAAGUGUAUCGCUAAAGCUGUUAAUGUAAAUGAUUGGAGGUGCUACAAUUGCUCUGUUUCAAUCAUCGACAUACGAAAGGACAAGGCCGAGAUUGUCCAGUAUAGCGAUAUUUCUCACUUGGGGAGUAGCAAGGUGGUGGAAAGCAACGCCGACACGGAGGAUAAAUAA